AUGGAUUCACCGGGGAGUGGAAGUAGUGACUUGAGGCGGCAAAACGAAGAGCUUCGUGCACGUCUGGCGGGGGAGUCUGCAGAUCACAAGCGCAGGCUUGAUGCUUACCGCCGAGCUCAGCAAGGACAAGCUGCUUUGGUGUCACGACUUCAAGCAAAGGUCCUCCAGUAUAAGCAGCGCUGUGCUGAACUGGAAAAUCAAAUGCUGGAGUCCACACCGCGUAGCGAACCUUUCUCAUAUCGUCAGCCCAGUAAAACCUGCAUCGCGCUGCCGGCGCCGGCCGCUCUUUCAAAUCCGUCCACUUCGGAUAAUCGAAGGGAUGAGACAAUUAACGACUUGGAGACUGCAUUGCGACGGCUUGAUGAGGAAAAACGAAAGUGUGAAAAACUAUUGUCACAAAACAGCUUACUCCGUGAACAGCUAGAAGAGUCCCACCAGCUUAAUGAAGCACUUACCAAUGAUUUGCAAAAACUUACUAAUGAUUGGGAGUCUCUCCGUGAUGAAAUGGCUAUUAAGGAAGAUGAAUGGAAAGAUGAGGAACAAGCUUUCAAUGAUUAUUAUUCAAGUGAGCACAACCGCCUUCUCAAUCUAUGGCGAGAGGUGGUAGCAGUGAAGCGCUUUUUCUCUGAUAUGCAGACCAGUACUGAAAGAGACCUGUACAAAGUGAAAAAUGAUUUUGACUCUGUUGCAAGGGACCUUGUUGGCACAUUGAGUGGAUAUGCUAUCAAUGCCUUCGCUGCUCAGAGUACUAAGCCGGAGAAGCAGGAGCCGCCUGCUACACACGCGGGUGGUGCGGAGGAGUUGCGGGACGAGCUACGCGCGGUGACGUCACAGCGUGACGCGGCCGCCGCCGAGCUGCGCGAGCGAGACGCACGUAUACAGCGCUUGCUCGCGGAACUCAACGCAUUGGAAGAGCGCUGCGAGUGUGCGGAGUCGCUGUGCUCCGAAGCGAACGUGAUGCGCUCGGCUCUGGAGGAAGUUGCCCGCGCGCUCAUACACGAUUCGGAGUCUGAUUCAACGCCCACACAUAUGCAUUUGACAUCUGACAGGUCACCUAAGCGAACAGUUUCACAAUCUGCCAACGCGACAGCUUUCGCAGAGAGCACUAUAUCAGCGGUUCAAGCGACGCUGCACAAGUACCAGAUACAAAUACACGAUUUGCAGGUGAAACUACAGAACACUAGGGAACAGUUGACAACAACCAGGAAGCGCUGUGAAGCGGCCGAUUCGAAUAUCGCCUCACUUGAAAGUAAAGUUCAUGAUCUUCAAGAAAAACUAGAUCAAACAAAUGCUGAUCUCAACCAAGCCGUUCAAGAGAAGGAGUCACUGCAGAAGAUUGUUGAAACACUAAGAAUAGACAAGAACAAUCUAGAACGUAAUAGAUUGGAGAUUAACGCUAUGGUUGAAUCUCUGACAUCGGACUACGAGAAGCUGCAGAAGAUAAACUCUCGAUUGGAGAAGAAUAUAGAAUCGCUAGAGAAUGAGAAGCGAGCUUUAACUGCUGAAGUGGACCACUUGCACCGCGAAGCGUCUAACAGGGAAUCUGUUUUGAGGGCUGAGGAGGAGCGCUCGGCGCGACUUCGUUCGGAGCUGGUGUCAGUACGCGAGGAGCUAAACAAGACCGCGCUGGCCCGAGACCUGCUGGACCAGCAGAAACUGGAGACCGACUCUAUACUGUCGCAGAUGGAAAAACACAGAAGUGAACUUGAAAUAGAACUCGAAAGAACUAUUCUCGAGCGCAGCGAUCUCCAGGACUUGGUGGAGAAAUUGGAAUCGGCGCUGAAGAACCUCGAGGCUGAUAAGAAGAAGCUGCAGGAAGAAGUUAAACAACUGGAAGAAGAGAAGUCAUCGCUGAGUAAGCAGACGUCGGAGCUGUCGGGCGACACGGGAUCGCUGCGUAAGGAGCUGCUGUGCGCGGAGCAGGAGCGUAUCGCACUGCGCGAUGACGCAGCUGCGCUGCGCGACCAGCUACAGCAGCUGCAGCACCAGCGCGACGCACUGCAGCUGGAUCUGCGCCACCUCACCAGGUCACACAGCUCUGCACCUAGAAUUGAUGUUAGGCGACGCUUGACCAGCUACAGCAGCUGCAGCACCAACGCGACGCACUGCAGCUGGACCUGUGCCACCUCACCAGGCUACACAGCUCUGCACCUAGGAUUGAUGGAGCGUGAUGAAUUAAAUUCUCAACUAACAUCCAUGGCUCGUAAGAAGGACUCCUUGAACGAGGAGAUUAUCAGACUGCAGCAGAGACUCGAGCAAGCCAAUGAGACCAUUGGCCGCCUCAACCGAACCAUUGAGGACUACGUUAAAGAUGGCGAAGAGAAACAGAUUGCAAUGGACAAGUUGGAGAAGGAAAAGCAAAACCUGCACGAACAACUGGCCAGCUUACGGUCGGAGAAAGACGCCCUGGAAGCUGUGCUCUUCGACACUUCCAGCCUGCUUGAAGACGCGGACUCGCGCGCUAGCAAACUGCAACAAGAACAGCAAGAGCUACAGUUGCAAAAUGAGAAACUCAAAGGUCAAAUUUCCCGUCUGACCAAAGACCUAGAAAACAGCGAGAAGAAACUACGAGAAACUAAGAACAAUUUGCAGCAGCAAACUGGCAAGAAAGAAGCUGAAUACCAACAAAUUAUCACCAACAUCAGUCGGACUACUACCGAAAACAUCACUAAACUGAAAGAAGAGAAAGAACAACUCCGUCAAGCCCUGGAACAAAAAUUGAACCAGACCAUAGCGACAUUGACGAGUGAGAAGGAGGCAUCGGAAGCUGGCGCGAGGGAAAGAGAAAAGAAGCUGCUGGCGAUCAGAGAUCAACUGCUGCUGCAGCAUGAUGAAGCCAUGCUACGCGCGGAGAACGAUAAGCAACAGGCUCUGUUAAUGGCCCAUCAAGAGCACCAGGCGCUGUUGGAACGUCUGGAAGAAGCGAAACGAACCCUGAACUGCGAGCAGAACAAAUUGGAGCGAGUACGUCGCGAUGCGCAGGCCAAAGCCGAGCAGGACAGGACACAAAUGAACCUGUUGAAGGAGGAGCUAGCUGCGCUCAAAACAAAACUCGAGGAGGCCAAAGCUUCCGCGGAAGACGAGUGCGCUCGGUACGAAAACCGCAUCAAAGAACUACAAAUAGAGAAGGAGGCGGUGUGCCGCGAGGGACAAGAACUGCGCGCUCAACUUACACUUGCUGAAGACAAGCGCGAUUGUACGCAUGCACAACUACAGGAAACGCUGAGGAAGCUAAAGGAAUUGGAGAACGAGUUCGAGAGCGUGCGCAAGGAGCUCACAGAAGUUCGGCGGCAACAAAGCGCUUGUUCAGCCGAACGGGAGCAGCUGGCGAAUGCGUGUCGGGAACUGCGGGAGCACGUGAAGCGCGCUGAACAUGAACGGCGGGAAGCAGCAAGAGCACGGGACGACGCCUACCACAAGAUCGCAGCUUUGGAAGAGUCGCGUGCGUCAUUGGAGUCGGAGUUAUCGCGCAUGCAGGCGCAGCUGAAGGAGGCGGAGUGCGGCGGCGAAGCGCAAGCGCGCGCGCUGCGUGCCGCCGAGGCGCAGCUGAAGCGCGAGCGCGCCGCGCUGGACCAGGCGCUGCACGACAUCAAGGAGCUGCAGUCUAGGCUGCAGAACGAGAGCGAGGAGCGCGAGCGUUGUGCGGGUGAGGCGGCGACGGGGCGACGCCGCGCCGCGGAACUGGAGGCGCUGGCGGCGGCCGCGCGCGCCGAACUGGCCGCUUGCCGCCAGCGCUGCGCCGACCUGGAGCACGCCUGCCGCGCCCGCGACCAGGAACUGGUAUUACGUCUAGAAGAUUGCCGUUCUAAAGAGAGGCGACUUGAAGAACUCAAACAUAAUCUGGAGGUGUGCCUUGCUGAUGCCACACAGCAGAUACAGGAACUCAAGACGCGCCUAUCGGCGUGCGAGAGUCGAUCCCGCGCGGUGGAGGCGUCCCUGUCGGAGAGCGAGGUGGCGCGGCGCGAGGCGGAGUCGCGGCUGUCGUCCGUCGCGCACACGCUGCGACGUGUAUGCGGCCUGCAGCCCGACGGCAGCGUGGCCGCACGCCGCCGCCUCACCAGCCCCGCGCGCCGCUACAGCCCGCACAGAGGUCGCGACCAUUCAGAAGACCGCAACGAGAUUAUAGACGUCGAUCCUGAGCUCAUCAAGAAAGGUGUUCGCAAUUUGAUGCAUGAAGUCUGUCAGAUAGAACGGGAAAAGGAUGAUUACAAAGCUCAAGUGCAGUCGCUCAAGAAACAAUUGAAAGAGGCGACGGAACAACACGGCAAAGGCGAAGGCAAGUUGCAGUCGCUUAGCAACAACUUGCGCAGUAUUCAGGAGGAACGUGCGCGGCUGCACAGCACUGUCGUGCAGAAAGACGCACAGCUUAACGCACUGAACGAGUCAAUACAAACAAAAACAGUGGAGAUAAGCAACUUGAAAGACAAAAUAACCAGUCUGGAGGUGACCUUGAGCUCUGUUACUGAAGAGAAAGUUCUUAAUGAGAAUAAAGCCGAAAGCUUACGGGCGCAGCUAGCUGAACGGGUUCAAGAGAUAGGUCAGUUAAGAGAAGCAUUAACAGCAGCUGAAGGGCGCGCGGGGCGGCUGGAAGUGCGUCGCGCGCAGCUGGAAGGCGACGUGCAGCGCGCCGCGGUGGCCGCACGCGACCGUGACCAAGCGCUCAAGAAACUUCAAGAUCGUUGCGAAGGCUACCAGCGAACGAUAACAUCACUUGAAGACCGUUGCACUUCCCUCAAGGGCACUGUGGAACAACUAUCGACGUCGCUGCAGAAGGCCGCCACCGCUGAAAGUGAGCUCAGGACAGAACUGAGUAAGAUACAGCGAAUGCUCAACGAGGCCAAGAACAACGAGCAAAAUGCGUUGGAAAAACUCAGACAAAUACAGAAGAAUGUUGCCAAUUGCGAAAACGAACGGCGGGUACUAUCAGAAAAGCUAGAAAGUGCCAAGACCGCUUUGAGUGAACUGAAGCGGUUAAAUGCAACUCUGGAGGACCAAGUGCACAGGCUGACGAAUCAGCUGGCGAAUGUAGAAGUUCAGAGAAUUCCAUUGCAUCGUCGGUUACAACGCACGCACACCCCUCCCGUGCGCAGCAAGAGCCACGACCGCGACAAGCCCUAUUACUGUGAUAUUGACUCGGGUGAGUGCCUCAUCGCUUCAGAAUUCCAAUGCGUCAUCGUUUGCAACGCACGCACCCUCUUCCCGUGCGCAGCAAGAGCCACGACCGCGACAAACCCGACUACUGUGAAAUUGACUCGGGUGAGUGUGCCUCGUCGCUUCAGAAUUCCAUUGCAUCGUCGGUUACAACGCACGCACACCCCUCUCGUUCGCAGCAAGAGCCACGACCGCGACAAGCCCUAUUACUGUGAUAUUGACUCGGGUGAGUGCCUCGUCGCUUCAGAAUUCCAAUGCGCCCUCGUUUGCAACGCACGCGCGCUCGUCCCGUGCGCAGCAAGAGCCACGACCGCGAUAAACCCUACUACUGUGAUAUUGACUCGGGUGAGUGCCUCGUCGCUUCAGAAUUCCAUUGCAUCGUCGGUUACAACGCACACACACCCCUCUCGUUCGCAGCAAGAGCCACGACCGCGACAAGCCCUAUUACUGCGAAAUUGA